AUGUAUUCAUUGGCUUAUCAAGAUCCCAUUUUGUUAGUUUCCAUUGUGGAGAAGAUGUUGAUUCCUAAGCUGAAUUAUUUAGUAUCCUUAGGAUUUUCGAAAGAUGACGUUGUCGAAAUCAAGCCUAAAUUUGAGUAUUUUGACAAAAAAAAAAUGAUGGGUUCAUUGGAUGAACAUAAGGAAUUUCCACAUUAUUUUGCAUUUAGUGUGGAGAUGAGGAUAAAGCCAAGGCGCAUGAAGGUUGUACAAUGUGGAAUUGUGGUUAGUUUGUCGUUAACGUUGAAGAGCAUUGAAGAUGAGUUCAGAGAAUUGAUAAGACAAGGGGGUGGAUAA